AUUAACUAUUUAUUAAAUACCUUUCUUCUACUAACCAUUAUUAUAAUUACUUUUCCUUUAAUCUAUAAUAUCUUUAUACCAAAUAAAACCAUCAACUUCCCACCAUUAUGCAAAACCAUAAUCAAACUAGCUUUCUUUACUAGUCUCAUCCCACUAAUACUCUUCAUUUACUCCGGACAAGAAUCUACAAUUACAAACUGGCAAUGACUUCCUAUUAGCACAUUUAACUUAUCAAUAAGCUUUAAACUAGACUAUUUCUCCAUCACAUUUAUCCCAAUUGCAUUAUAUGUUACAUGAUCCAUCCUAGAAUUCUCAAUCUGAUACAUACAUACUGACCCAAAUAUCCACCGCUUUUUCAAAUACUUAAUUAUCUUCCUCUUUACAAUAAUUAUUCUUGUAUCCGCAAACAAUCUAUUUCAGUUAUUCAUCGGAUGAGAAGGAGUAGGCAUCAUAUCAUUUAUACUCAUCGGAUGAUGAUUCGGACGAACCGACGCAAACACCGCUGCUCUCCAAGCUGUACUAUACAACCGAAUCGGAGACAUCGGAUUCAUAUUAGCUAUAGCAUGAAUAAUACUCAACUGCAACUCCUGAGAUAUCCAACAUAUUUUCAUAACAAACAUUAAUACACCAGCCCUACUUGGAUUAAUCCUCGCCGCAACCGGAAAAUCAGCCCAAUUUGGCUUACACCCUUGACUACCAUCAGCUAUAGAAGGACCCACCCCCGUAUCAGCAUUACUACACUCUAGCACCAUAGUUGUUGCAGGUAUUUUUCUACUAAUUCGAUUUAACCCAACCAUACAAGGCAAUCAAACAGCUCUCACCACUAUACUAUGCUUAGGAGGAAUUACAACCCUAUUUACCGCUAUUUGUGCCGUUACCCAAAAUGAUAUCAAAAAAAUCGUAGCUUUUUCCACAUCAAGUCAACUAGGCCUAAUAAUAGUAGCCCUUGGCCUAAACCAACCAUACCUAGCAUUCCUACAUAUUUGCACCCACGCUUUCUUCAAAGCAAUACUAUUCCUAUGCUCUGGCUCUAUUAUCCAUAACCUUAAUGACGAACAAGAUAUCCGUAAAAUAGGAGGACUACUUACGCUUCUUCCAAUCACAUCCUCUGCAAUUAUAUUAGGCAGCUUGGCUCUUAUAGGAACCCCAUUUUUAGCAGGAUUCUACUCAAAAGACGCAAUCAUCGAAGCCAUAAACACAUCACACGUAAAUACAUGAGCCCUAUGCAUCACACUUAUUGCUACCAUACUUACAGCCUUCUAUAGCAUACGAGUAAUUCACUUCGUCUUACUAAACGAACCACGAUUCCUACCUAUUCCUGUAAUAUCUGAAAACAAUCCAAACUUAAUUAAUCCUAUUAUACGACUAGCUUUAGGUAGUAUUCUUACAGGAUUCCUACUCACAACAAGCAUUCCUCCUACCACAACAAUCCCUAUAACAAUACCAACCAUACUAAAAAUCUCAGCUAUGUUAGUCACUAUUAUAGGCAUUCUAAUCUCAAUUGAACUUUUCACCUUAACUAACAAAAUACCGAUCAUACCUAUAAUUCACACGCACAACUUUUCAAACAUACUAGGAUAUUUCACACACAUCUUUCAUCGACUAAAACCUUUAGCAGGUUUACAAACAGGUCAACACAUUGCUACCAUACUAAUUGAUCUAGGGUGAUAUGAAAAGACUGGACCAAAAGGUCAAGCCAACUUACAUAGCUCCCUGUCUUCUACUUUUACUUCUACCCAAAAAGGACUCAUCAAAUACUACUUCCUCUCUUUUAUAAUUUCUAUAGCACUAACCCUUAUAGUCCUGUAA